AUGACUUGGUCAGAUCAUGCGCCGGUGCGGACAACAUUUCAAACAUUGCACCCAGCACAGGGAAGGGGUCUGUGGCGCCUGAAUGAAUCAGCUUUACGUAACGAAGAGAUGAGCAAACUCAUAGCAAAGGCUCUAUCUGACUACUUCUCUGACAAUACACAACAGGAUGUGCGAACCUCAACCACAUGGCUAGCCCAUAAGGUGGUAAUAAGGGGCCUGUUCAUACAGAUAGGUGCUAGGGCUAGGAGCAAGAUAGGAGUCGAUACUUCCAUUAUAGAGAGGCAAAUAGG